AUGCUGGUGUCGGAGGCGCAGGGGGCGCUGGUCAUUGUGUGCAGAGACCGCUGCUACGCCAGCGGCAUUCUCGAAGAAAAUGGAUGGGACUCUUCGGCCUGGAGCCCGUUGAUUGAAAACAAAGCUUUGGCGCACUGGCUCGUCAGGCCGCUGACGGACGCGGAGAAGAUCUCGGCAAUGCCAAUCAGCAAAGAAGAAAUGCAGCAGCUGGAAGAGUUUUGGGCGAGGUAUGGAGACGCCACAGUUGACGACGUCCGCAGCGAAGGUAAACCCUAA